UGAUACAUAAUCACAAUGAGCAUUCCGAGGAAACAUUUGACAUUGCGAACCGCUUUCCCAGCUCAGCUCCGCUCCUCACAGGCUGCUGACAGAUAUCUGAGCUGACAGAUACCUCAGGGUUCGAGAUUCCACAGGUGUUAUCUCAUGUGCUGGGGCGGUUCUGCUGGACCCAGAAGCGUCGCUGACAAUGAAGGCGGUAUAAAACCCGACUCCUGGCCGACAGGACGGAGAACGAAGGAUUUCUACACAGUUAAACCCAGGGUGAGUUUAGUUCCCGCAAUGAGUCGCAGUCCGGAGAGAAUUUCAUCUUACCGCCGUCACUUCGAGGACAGCAGCAGCAGCUCGACCUACCAGGUCAGGGUGUCCAGUCCGUCCCCGACCCGGAGGGAGGUCCGCCAUGCCUCUGCAGGCUACUCUGCCAGAACCGGUUCCAGCAGCAUGCGCGUGGACUCGGUGGGACGAAGGAACGUGUCUGCGGCACGGAGGUCACGCAUUGCUGGAGUUGGAGUAAGCGCAGGAGCCAUGGUGUGUGUUGGGCCAAGUGGAAAAGCUCCCAUGGAUCUGGACGCUGCUGCAGCUGAGAACCAGGAGUUCCUCAGCACCCGCACGAACGAACGACAGGAGAUGAUCGUCCUGAAUGACAGACUGGCUGUUUACAUCGACAAGGUUCGAAUGCUUGAGCAGAAGAACAAGUUGCUGGAAGCCGAGAUCGAGGCCUACCAGAACAGGUUCCAGAAGCCCACGGGCCUGCGCUUGCUCUACGAGGAGCAGCUGAAGGAGCUGAAGAAGAUUGCUGAUCAGAUGAGGGUCCAGCGGGACAUCUCUUUUGCUGCUAAGGAGGCUGCAGCAGGUCAACUAGAGGCAAUCAAAAUCCGAUAUGAGGAGGCCUUGGAGCUGAGAAAGAAGGCCGAGUUAGAGAUCGAAGCCUUCCGCCCAGACGUAGACAAAGCCACUUCCUCCCGCAUUGCCUUGGAGAAAAAGCUGGAGCAGCUGGAGGUUGAAAUUGAAUUCUUGAAACGGAUCCAUCAGCAGGAAAUCGAAGAGCUCAUGAAGCAGAUCUAUGCCGCCCAUGUCUCGGCCGAGAGCGCCUUCUCUCUGCCCGACCUGGCUGGCGCUUUGAAGCAAAUCCAAACCCAAUACGACGACAUCGCAGCCAAAAACCUUCAGGAAAUGGAUUCAUGGUACAAGAACAAGUUUGAAGAUUUAACAAAAAAGACGUCAAGACACGUAGACAAAGUUCGAAGUGUCAGGGAAGAAAUAGCUGGGGCCAAGAAGGAUAUCCAAAACAAAGAACGUGGCUUGGACUCCCUGAGGACUAAAAACGAAGCCCUUGAAGUACGGAUUCGCGAGACACUGGAAAAGCACAAGAAGGAACUGGAAGAGCUGCAGGCUCGGAUUGAGGCCCUGCAGCUUGAGCUAAAAUCCAUCAAGACGAAAAUUGCCCUGCACCUGCGUGAGUACCAAGACCUUUUAAACAUCAAGAUGGCUUUGGAGAUUGAGAUUACCACGUACAGAAAAUUAAUUGAGGGUGAAGACCUGCGGCUCUCUGGCAUGAUGAAUUCUCUCUCUGUUACCAGUUGUAGCAUGAGCGCCAUUGGUGCUGGGGUGAGCAUUAGCGGAGGAAGCAUUGGUGGUGUUGGCGGUUUGGGUGGUGGACCAAUAAUAGGAGGCGGCAGAGGAGGAGUUGGAGGCAUGGUGGGUGGUUUGGGAUUGAGUGCGGAUAUGGUUGCUGGAGUCAUGGGAUCACGCUCUGCCGAUGGAAAAGUUCCAGAUGGCAGAAGUACCGGCGAUAUGGACGGUCCCGCUGGCAGAGCAGGUAUUGAACAGGGAGGUGUAGGUGUCAGAGCAGGCACUGAGAGUCUUGGCACUGAUGGAAGAAUGAAUGCUUCUGGUGUUAGUGGUUUUGGCUCUGGUAGCUUUGGUCCUGGUACUGGUAAAGUGGGUACAGUUGGCUCUAGUGUUGGUGUUUUAGGUGUUGAUCCAGAGGGUUCAGGUUUUGGCACUCCGGGCUUGAGUACUGAUGUUGGUGGUGAGGGAUCUAUCCAUAGAGGAAUGGGGGACAGAAGUGGAAUCGGAGCACAUGCAGAUGGUGACACCUCAGGGUUAGCAGGUGUUGUGGGUGCCGCUGGAGUUGGAUUCAAAAGAGGAUACGGCGGUGAGACGGGAGGCAGAAGUACUGAUUUGGAUACUUGUGUUGGUGGGGUAGCAUUUGGCUCUGGGGGAAUAGGUGACAGCAGUGGAGUUGAAACACGUGCAGACAGAGACAUCUUGAGCUUAGCAGGUGGUGUACAUGCAGCUGAAGCUGAGAUUAAGGGUGUUGGGUUGGACACUGGUGUUGCUGGUGUGGGACUUAUUUCCAGAGAAAUGGGUGGCAGUGGUGGGGUUGGCACGCAAUUGGAUGGUGACAUCUCAGGUGGCGUGAGUGCAGCUGGAAUGGGACUUGGAAGAGGUGGCGCAAUUGAAGGCAGGGGCACUAGGGUUGAUGGUGUAAUGGGUGAUGAUGGAGGUACAGCCCGUGGAGUGGCGCUUUCUGAAACCCGAAGAGGAAUCUCAGGUGCUGCCGGACCUGCAGGGAGGAGCGGGGAAGAUGUGGGUGUUGCUCUGUCAGGCGGUGGUGGAGUUGGUGGAGUUGGUAGGCUUGGUGGAGGGAAGGGUGACAUAUGUGGUGUCAAGACUGGAUCUGGAUCGGAUGGUUUUGACCGCAACACCGAGUCCUAUGUGGAGCAGGCUGUGGAGCUGACAGAGAGAAGAACAGUGCUUAUUAGAACAGUUAAAAAGGAGGAUGAUGUGCUGGAGAUGGACCACCAAGAACAGACCUACACCAUCACUGGCGCUGCCAAUGACUCUGAUGUUGAGUGAGGAUCCCAAACUCCCCGGUGACCUCCUCUCGCCCUUAAACCUCCGUACCCUUUGAGCUUUGCACUGACCAAAAAAAAAUCCCAUGUUUGGGUGCUGACCUUUGCCUUAUGGCCUGGACAAGAGAUCAACGAAUGACCCCUUGCUACACACUGAAGAUAUAUUUAAAAAAACAGGCCAUGGCUUCUCAACUUUUAUGUGCCUUACACCCCCUCCUUUUUUCCCACCUGCCAUAAAUAAAGUUACCAGCAUUCAA